AUGCACUGCUUCCUCACAAAGAGGCUUAAUUACAGACCUUCCUCUGCCAUGGAACUUCUUUCUUGCUUGAGCAAGAAAGCUAACAAGAAACUUUCUUCCUUAAAAGCUUGUUCAUGGCGUUCGCUGUGCUUCCUCUUCGACUUCUUCCUCUUCCGCUGCGACCCCUUCUUUAUUCAGAUCUGCUACUUCCUUCUAACUUCCUCUUUCGGCUUCCUCGCGCUGAGGAUUCUCACGCCGAAUAGCAACGCUGAGCAGGGUCAUCCUAGGAACUUGGACCUCUUCUUCAUGUCGGUCUCCGCCGCCACCGUUUCGAGCAUGUCCACUGUGGAAAUGGAGUCCUUCUCCCCUGCCCAGCACUGGGUCCUCGUCGUCCUCAUGUUCAUCGGCGGCGAGGUCUUCACCUCCGUGCUAGGCCUGCACUUCACCAACCUCAAGCUAAAGCGCGAAAGCGAAUCAUCGUCAUCUAGUAAUUCUACUUCCAUUGGCAAAUCUCUCAAGUUCCUGGGCCAUGUCGUGUUCUUUUACAUCCUCUUCGUCAACCUGAGCGGCGUCUUCCUGACCUUGCUCUACUUCUCGCUCGUCGCUGACGCGAGGGCGGUGCUGCGGAUGAAGAAGAUUAAGGUCAUCCUUUUCUCCAUCUUUGUAACGGUUUCCUCCUUCACCAACUGCGGCUUCACUCCAAACAACGAGAACAUGGUGGCCUUCAAGAGCAACUCUGCUCUGCUCUUGAUACUGAUCCCUCAAAUCCUCGCGGGUAACACUCUGUUUCCUCUCUGCUUGAGGCUGGCGAUCUGGGUGAUGAAAAAGACGACGAAGAGGGAGGAGUUCAGGGACAUUAUCCGGCGACCGGAGGUCGCAGAAUAUUACAAGCACUUGUUCCCUCGCUCUCACUGCGCCUAUUUGGCGCUCACGGUGGCCGGGUUCGUGCUGGUGCAGCUUGUUCUGCUCUGCCAGCAGGAGUGGAGCUCGCCGGAGAUCUUCCACGGGAUGAAUGCGUUCCGGAAGUUGGUGGCCACUCUGUUUCAGUCGGUGAACUCCCGGCACGCCGGCGAGUCAGUGUUCGAUAUCUCCAAGCUGUCUCCGGCGAUCUUGGUUCUCUUUGUCGUCAUGAUGUACCUUCCUCCGUAUACUUAUUUCAUUCCAGAAGAAAGAGAUCCUCCUGCUUGGAACUCUUCCAACAACAGACGAAGAAAGUUGCUUCUGCGGAGCUUGCACCUCUCUCUGCUAUGUUUUCCGGUCAUCUUUGUCAUCUUCAUCAGCAUCACAGAGAGGAAAUCAUUUUCGAUAGAUCCUUUGAAUUUUAACAUCUUCAACGUCGUAUUGGAAGUCAUCAGUGCGCAUGGAAACGUAGGGUUCUCGAUGGGUUACAGUUGCGAUCGGUUGAUAAGAUCCGAUGGAAGGUGCGAGGAUGUAUCGUAUGGAUUUGCAGGGAGAUGGAGCGGCAAAGGGAAGAUGAUCCUGAUGGUGGCCAUGCUUUUGGGAAGGCUGAAGAAAUUUCAGAUCGAGGGAGGGAAAGCAUGGAAUUUUGGUUGAAAAAUAAUUUUGUCAAUUAUGAUUAAUGCCGUAAAUCAAAGAACACCAACUUUAUUGUAGCAAAAGCUAAUUAGUUUCAA